UGUAUCGUCAGUGAUCGUACGCUAAUUCUCGUAAAAUUUGCCCGCGUACCGGUGGUUACGCAGUCCGCGUGUGCGAUAACGUCUUGGAUCCUCGUUGAACUCCUCGUUUGUGCUUUGACUACAGUUUUCGGAUUUGAAAGCCUGAAGACGUCGCUCGAGAAAGAAACAUUGCUAUUUUCGAAAUCAAUCGCGAUGGCUGAUGUCUCGGAGGAAGUGCCGAUCAAGGAUGCCGCAACAGCAAUCUCUCAGGGCAAACGCCACCUUUUGGUGCGCGAUUACAAUUUGGCGGUGGUUGUUUUAGCCCAGGCGUGCGAGCUUCUCGCUCAGGAGCACGGAGAGACCGGUGACGAGAUGGGCGAACUCUAUCUCCUUUACGGACGAGCUCUUCUAGGUCUGGCACGAGAGGAGACGGGAGUAUUGGGAGGUGGUGUGCCGGGAUCCGAGGAAGUUAGUCAGGACGAACAAGGUGAGGAGGAAGAAGAGGAAGGAAGCGAGGAGGGGACCGUCACAGAAGGCAAUAAUACCGCUGAGAGUACUUCCUGCACGCUUAACGGAAAAGGAAGUGACAGUCAAGAACCGUUAACGGAGAAGGAAAAAAAGGAAGAUUCAAAAGAUACAAAGGCUGAGGAGAAGGCUGAAGAGCGGGCUGAAGAGAAGAAAGUGGAAGAAGCCAUUAAGACGGUCGACAGCAAGAUUGAAAAGAUUAAGGAAGAAAAGAAGAAACUCAGGAUAGAGGAAAUCCCUGGCUGUAGUCGAGAUUCUGAUCUGCGCGACAGCGAAGCCUCUGGUAGUAAGACGAGGAAACAGAGGGAAGAGGCGGAGGAUGAAGAAGCAGAUACGGAUGAAGAGGAGGAUGUUGAAAAGAAGGAAAAUGAGGAAGACGAUGUGAAUAAUCUGCAGAUUGCCUGGGAAGUUUUGGAAUUGGCAAAACUGGUGUUAGUAAAACGAGGAUCUUUGGGCUGGAAAUUUCUAGCUGAGGCUCAUCGUCUUCUGGGCGAGGUGGCGAUGGAAGGUGGCAACCACGAGAGCGCGAUGAUCGAUUUCAAGGCCUGCUUGAGUCUGUUGGAGAAGAUGACCCCGCGCGAUCAUCGCGCGAUCGCCGAGAUUCAUUAUCAGCUCGGUCUGGCGCACGCGAUGGCGAACAACUUCGACGCUAGCAUCGAGCAAUUUAACCAGGCAUCCGCGCUAUUAGAGGCGAAGAUCGUACACUUGAAGACCAUACAGGACCAUCCACCGCAGUCUGACGAUCCCUUCUACACCGUCGAAGGAGAGAUCAAAGAGCUGCAGGACCUUCUCCCGGAGAUACAAGAGAAGAUUGCGGACAUUAAAGAUAUGAAGAAGGAGGCCGGCGUGAUUAAGGAGAUCAAGGAGGAGGCGUUAAAUGGAUGCUCCAGCGAUGGUGAAGCGAAUGAAGCUUCCGGAAGUGGUAGUAGUACGUCUAAACCCGCCAGCGAUAUCUCGCAUUUGGUAAGGAAGAAACGCAAGGCGGAGGAUGAAGGAAACACUGCUUCUCCAUGCAAGAAAGCUAUGCAAGAGAAAGAUGUCGCAAAACUUGUUAAUAUGGAUCACGAGCAGUGCACGAAAAAGAUUAAACUUGAAGAAACUCCCGUUAUAAGCGAAGGAAAGGCACAGAUAUUGGUUAGAGAUAAACGCGUAUUUUACAAUCCAGUUCAAGAGUUUAAUCGGGAUCUCAGUGUAGCGGUGUUGACGAUAUUUACACGAGACAGAUGGAACGAGAUACUACAGAGAGACAGAGAGAGGUUAAAGGAGGACGAUGAAAAUAGUACACUGAGCCAAAAGGGUAUUACCAUAUUAGAGGCUCUGUCCGCGACUGGUUUACGCAGCAUACGGUACGCCAAGGAGGUAGAAGGUGUCAGGCAGAUUGUGGCCAAUGAUAUCUCCGCGACGGCAGUGGAUAGCAUCAGACAAAACGUUUUGCACAACGGAGUGGAUAAUUUGGUGAUACCUCAUCACGAAGACGCGACGUUGCUAAUGUAUCAACGUAGACGUGACCGUUUCGACGCAGUUGACUUGGAUCCGUAUGGCUCUCCUUCCAAAUAUUUGGAUGGGGCGGUACAGUGCGUAUCGGAUGGUGGUAUACUCUUGGUCACAGCUACCGAUAUGGCUAUACUAGCUGGCAAUUUCCCAGAGACUUGUCGAUGUAAAUAUGGUGCACUGUCCAUAAAGGCAAAAUGCUGCCAUGAAGUAGCGUUGCGAAUAUUGUUGUAUUGUAUUAUGUCUCACGCAGAACGCUACGGACGGUACAUAGUACCGUUACUGUCUGUAAGUGCUGAUUUUUACAUUCGAGUAUUCGUGCAAAUAUUUACGAGUUCUAAGAAAUGCAAAGAAAAUUCUAGUAAGAUUGGUAUGCUUUAUCAGUGCGUUGGGUGCGAAAGCAUGAUCCACCAACCAUUGAUGAUAAAAGAUUGCAACAGAUACAAGUUACCGAGCGCACCCAUGACAGAUCGGCUGUGCAAGCAUUGCCAACAUGCGCAACACGUGGCUGGUCCGAUAUGGUUGGGUCCUUUGCACGAACAUGGAUUUGUUUCGCGAUUGUUGGGCAAUCUAAGUAGCAUGGAGUUGGGUACGUCGAAGAGAAUAGAAGGCGUCUUGACCAUGAUACACGAGGAAUUGGAUGUUCCUUUGUAUUACAACGUAGAUCGUUUAAUGUCCAUAGUUAAAUGUCAUGUGCCGUCAAUGUUGCUGUUUAGAUCAGCGUUACUAAAUGCGGGGUACAAGGUGUCGUACUCGCACGCGAGUAAACUCUCGAUUAAAACGAACGCGCCGAACGACGCGGUGUGGGAUGUCGUGCGCGCUUGGGAGAAGGAACAUCCCAUAAAACGGGAGAAAUUGGCCGAGAACAGUCCAGCCGCGAGGAUACUCGACGCGUCUACAUCUACAACGGAUAUUUCUUUCACCAUACAUCCCCAUGCGAAUCCAAUUUCUCGACAGAAACAUUUGUCGCGUUUCCAACAAAAUCCGACUGUUAAUUGGGGACCUGGAGCCCGUUCGAGAACUCGAAUGAAUCUUGAAAAUAAUGUGGAAAAUUCCAAGAAAAUCAGAAAUCAAAAUAAAAACAGUAAAAAGAGAUCGGAUUUAGUAGAAAAACAACUAGUACAACAGGAAACUCGUUCACUUAACAUGGCAGCGCCGGUCAUAGUUUUCAACAAUGGUGCAAAGAUUCCGAAACUCGGACUCGGUACAUGGCAAGCGGGAGACGAUCCAAAGAUCGUCGAGCAAGCUGUAAGUUACGCUAUCGAUGCUGGAUAUCGACACUUUGAUUGCGCCUACAUAUAUGAAAAUGAAAAGGAAAUUGGCAAAGCUUUACGUGAACAGAUCGCAAAGGGAGUCGUAAAGAGGGAAGAGCUUUUCAUCACUACUAAGUUAUGGAACACGUUUCACAAACGAGACGAGGUGGUACCAGCUUGCCAAACAUCCGUCGAGAGUUUCGGGCUUGGCUAUAUAGAUCUGUACUUGAUACAUUGGCCACUGUCUUAUACGAAAAAUGCCGCAGGAAUAAUACCGAUAGACGAGAAAGGCGAGCCAAUGCUUGGAUGCGAAGAUUACCUGGAGACGUGGCGUGGCAUGGAAGAGUGCGUAAGACUAGGUUUGACGAGAAGUAUCGGCCUGAGCAAUUUCAAUUCGGUGCAGAUCGAUCGCGUAUUAUCGAUCGCCCAGAUUAAGCCGGUGACUAAUCAGGUGGAAUGUCAUCCGAAUCUCAAUCAGAAAAAGCUGAGAGAAUUUUGCGCAAAACGCGAUAUAGUCAUCACGGCCUACAGUCCAUUCGGUUCGCCCAGUCGACCCUGGAUUAGACCCGAUGAACCGAAAGCGCCGCUCGAUGCACCGGAAAUUUUAAAUAUCGCUACCAAGUACGGAAAAACUCCCGCGCAAGUUAUUCUAAGAUACUUGGUUGACAUUGGUACCAUACCGAUCCCAAAGUCCUCUUCGCGGGAACGUAUCAAGCAAAAUAUUAAUAUCUUUGAUUUUCAACUAACUCCGCAGGAGAUUACUCUGAUGGACAGUUUUGAUUGCGGUGGACGUGUAGUACAUUUCAAACAAUAUAAAGCGCACAAGGAUUAUCCUUUUAAUUUGGAGUUUUAAAGAAACACGUACGACCAGUACAUCUGAAUACCUCGUGUAUCGAGUACGAUAAACUAUGUAAUAUCAAUGUAUUAUACAUAAAGGACGAUUGAUGAUUGUGUGUAAUCAUCUAAA